UUUUUUUCCUCUCUUGUUACUUAAAAAGAUCCAGUGUUUUUUUGUGAAGGGAAAAAAAAACUCCUUUUUUUUAUUUUUAUUUUGGUGGCUUACUACUCAAUGGAUAUACAAGGUUAUAUGCAACAGCACCCCGAAGGCUCGCAAGUGUUACAUUAUGCAAAUGCUGUUGAUCGUUUCGACAUGUCGCCCCGUCCAGAUUCCACAAAGAUGGUCAAUUCGCCCCAACUAACUCCAGAGACCAUGGCCACACCGGUGAUAUCGCAACCGUCUGCACCUGAAUCUGGGGUUCAUUCACCUUCAUCAUCGUCAUCAUCCACAUCUUCAGGUGCGGUACCCUCGAUGGGAAUAAAAAAUGACCGGCCUAUCCAUCCGGCGUUAUGGUUGGCUCGAAAGGAUAAACGAAAAAGUAGCCCUGCCGUGCUGGGAUUGCUUGGACUGGACGAAGAAGCCCAAGCACAACUUAGUUACCAGCUUUCACAACAUCGAAACUCUAUCGAGGCCGCCAUGUUGUUGGCCAAUUUUAAUCGGUUACCACAGACGCUAUCCAAACCGCCGUCAUCUUCAUCUUCCUCCUCGUCAUCUUCAUCGCAUCUAGAAAAAGGCAGAUCACACAAUCCCUGGCAAGAUGAUAUCUCGAUCGCAUCUCAAUCGCAAGGCAAAAAUACAUGGUCUGCCUCUGAUGAUGGGUCUACCACCGGAGCCGAGCCUGUGCGAAGGCAUUCUUACGACGUAAAUAUGACCUGGGAUAAGAUGCCUCCCGAGUUUCACGAUCGUGCCAUGUUCUUGCAUGAUCCAUCUGGAUCUCAAUCCACUGCAUCCGAGGAGAAACCAUCCUCCUCGUCAGCAGUUAGCAUGCCACCGUUUCACACAGCAUGGCACAACAGUAUGCAAGAUCCGCGCAUUCAUUAUGCCGUUCAUCCUACGGAUCCGGCCUUAAGAAUGGUGCCUGUGUAUCCAAUGAAUGCUGAACAGCAUCCAGCUGCCAUGUACCAUGCUCCUUUCCCCAUGCCAACCAUGGAUAAUAAAUAUCCAUAUCCUGUCACCAUGAUUCAUCCCCUAGCCCAACAACCACCGCCACUGCCGCCGCCACCCUUUUCUACUUCGGAGUUGGGUCAGAAACGAGAUCAUCCUGAUCAUGCUGUGUCUUAUUAUCCUUAUCCUUAUCCGCCUCCUCAUCCUCAUCCCCAUCAACUCCAGCCACCUUCUUCUUCCUCUUCUUCAAGUCAUCCCAUGGCCCCUCCUCCUCCGCCGCCGCAUUACUACUAUCCCGGAAAACUGCCCUUGCCAUCGGCAUCGUCAGAACAUGCUUUGACUCAUGCGGCUCAUCAUAUUGCCAGCACGGCAGCGAUGAAACCGAAACGAAAAAAGGCCAAAGGGGAAGUGUUGAACAAUAUGUCGGUUCAGGUACAACCUGGGGAUGCGGAGUUCCCGGAUAUGGCGAUGCGCGAUGUGGAAGCGGCACGUACGGACCCAGAAGCAAGACCUCGUCGUCAGAAGCUACGUUAUGCGGGAGACCAGUACACGCCACAAUGGGUCCGAUACAACGGACAAGCCAAAGAAGGUUUAUGCGAUACAUGUAAACCUGGGAAAUGGCUGCAACUAAAAAAUAGCGCAUUUUGGUAUCACAAGCAGUUUUAUCAUGGCAUCUCCUCUGUUUCCGGCAAAGAGUUUCUGCAGCCCAUUGAAACUCGUUGGGUGGAUCAAGAUCUGGUGGAAGGUCUGUGUCAUCAAUGUCAUCAGUGGGUUUCGGUGAGCAAUGUGAAGAGAAAAAACAGUGUUCUCUGGUACCGACAUGCACACAAGUGUCAUGUUUAUCACAAACCCAAAACCGCGGUUCCCAAACGACGUUAAAAAAAAAGGCCUGAACCCAAGACCAAUACCGAUAUGGAUGAUGGUCACAUCUCCAAACAUCCAGUGGUUGGUACCAAAAAUGUGGGCACCAAUCCCUUUCUUCUAUUAUAUUCCUACACCUGUCUUCUGUGUUAUGGGUCCUAUUAUUAGAUUCCUUC